UGGAAAGUCUGCUUUGUUUCUUUAUACUAGCACCUUAAAAUGCUUCAUCCAUAUCAUUAUUGUCAUUGGUACAGACCAAAUUUUCUAUAUUUUCUUAGCUCCCUUGUGGAAUCACUAGCUGUAUAAUCCAGUACUAUCCAAGAAAAUUCCCUCGGCCGCCAAUAAUCCAAAUCAGAUUCUUGUUCCAAGCUUCCAAAGAUAUCUAUUUUUCAGUGCACACUUGUUGAACACGGCAAAAGUUAGGUCCAGGACACAAUCUCAUUUAUAGUGAGCUGGCAAAAAAGUGGCAGCUGUCAUCUCCUUCAUAAUUAGUAUAAGUGUUUGUAUUCCUUCUUUUUAUGGACAAAAAUGGAUGCACAUUCUUCAUUAUUCAUUCAGAGAACUGGUGAAAGUUUGAGUACCAUGGGUGCCUCUGGAGCUACAUCACCUUGUCUACCUAAUUUGCCUCCUCCUCUUGUUGAGAAAUACCCUCAAUUACCAGACUCCCUUCAUGUUACCUCAGAGCAGGUACUCUCAACAAAUACACUUCCCUCUCGUCCUGCUCCAUUGGCUUCUAGAAGUGGGGCAGUAGGGCAUCAGUUUUCAACGACUUCUGGGUUCCCCAGGGAUACUAAGUUUCCUCCAAUUUCACCUCAAGGCAGUCAAUCACAAAAUUAUCCCUUCCUUUCCAAGUCAUUAAGGGCUGAAACAUCUCUAGAAACCAUUCCCUCCUCCUUUUCGGGGGUUCAUUCUGCUCCAGUUGACAGUUACCACAUCGGAAAUGGCGGAAAUGGCAAUACAUCCUGGGGUAAAGAUGCCCUUCAAGACUUUCCUGACUUUUCUGGUAAUGUUCCCGUUCAGAAUGAUCAAGUAGAGAGCCUUAAAUGUGUUAUUGCAUCUGAAGACCAUGCUAAGAGAACUGAGUGGAAUGAAUGGGCAGAUGACCUGAUAUCUGUUGAUGACUCUCUAGAUUCCAAUUGGGGUGAUCUCCUUGUCGAUGUCAGCUUUCCCGAUCCAGAACCUAAGGUGUUGAAGUUGUCACCUGAAGUACCUUUGAGAGAGGCCCAGCCUUCUAGUCACACUCCUGUUUCAUCUGUACAGAGUAUUGAUGUUUCUAGUCCAUCGUCUGCUGCUCCAUUGGCGAAGCCUCGCAUGCGUUGGACACCAGAGCUUCAUGAGAUCUUCGUGGACGCUGUCAAUAAGCUUGGUGGUAGUGAAACAGGAGCUACUCCAAAAGGUGUCUUGAAGCAUAUGAACAAAGAAGGCCUCACAAUCUAUCAUGUGAAAAGCCAUCUACAGAAAUAUCGAACUGCCAGAUACAAACCAGAGCCAUCAGAAGGAACUACAGAAAAGAAGUCACCUACUGUUACAGACAUGACAUCUCUGGACUUGAAAACGACUACAGGAAUAACUGAAGCCCUAAGACUGCAAAUGGAAGUUCAAAAACAACUACAUGAACAACUUGAGAUCCAGAGAAGUUUGCAGUUGCGGAUUGAAGAACAGGGCAAAUACAUUCAACUGAUGCUUGAGCAACAGAAGAAGAUUGAGGAAGAAAGGUCAAAGAAGAAGGAUUCAAAUCCUGUUGAAGCUUCUCUCGCCCCAUCUAAAGCAGUAGAACCUUUACCUGAUGAUGAAAAAUCGGAAACGCUGGAGAAGAAUAAUGUAGCUAAAGCUUUAGAGAAGGAAAAUGAGGCCAAAGUAUUGAGCUCUGGUGAUGCUGGAGUUACAGCAGAACAAACUCAGACUCCUAAUAGGAAGCAGAAGUCCCCUGAGGGGAAAACAUCAGAGGAUAAUGACCAAGAUGGCAAUGCCUCCCCUGUAAAACGUGCAAAAGUCGAUGGUAGUUUGAACUCAUGAUAGCUAGUCUUGUAAUUGCAUUCAUAGUUUAGAUUGUAGGCGCGGGACAUCAUGGAUAAAGAUUGUGGAUUGUGGACUGUGGUGGAGAUGUUAUUGAAUUGACAAAAGAAUUGUGCAUC